AUGUAUUCCUCAGUCCCUGGUCCGCCUCAGCAAUGGCACCCUGGCCCUGCAGCACCGACUCUUGAUAGCUCACGUCCACCACUCCCGGCCUCUCCAACCUCACCUACGCGCUCUGGCCGUCUGAGAGGGCUGAGUUAUCUGCGCAGCUAUACUCAGACUCACAUCCUGUCUCGAGACAGUCACAACAAUAACAACAACUCGAACUCGAAUAGUCAGCGGCCGUCAACGCUCGCGCGAGCCACCAGCUACCCGUCACCGACGUCAACGAGUCGAGGAUCCGCACCUGCAACACCCCAACCUGCACCUCAAAAUAACCCUCGACAAACGUCUCCGACUGCCCAGCGACCCACGACAGAUCUCCCAUCUGCAAGGUCCAGUACUCAAGAUAAUAUAGGCUCCACGAGUGGGUGGUUGCCGACCGUGGGUGGACAAAGCGGAGUUUCUAGAAUAGCGACAGAACCUCAGUCCACAGCGACAGAAUCAUCAUCUGCAGUUUUGUCAGGAAACAGCGAAUCCGCCGUAACGUCAGACCUCACGGCUUCAAUGGCGCGAACACGGCCAGCUGUUGUGGCAGGUGCAACAGAGCCCCCCCAAGUGGACGGAGGAGGAGAUUCACAACCAAAUGGGCAAAAUGGGACAGUCAACGGGGCCAGCGGUGCACAAGGCAUGGCUCACCAACUACCUUCGAUACGAUUUUGCGCACACCAAGACCCACGAGCUCAACGGCCAUCUCUAGUUUUCAGCCCGAUGUCUCGUAUUCUGCCUACGGGGAAGGAAGUCAUCAAAGUUGGACGAUACUCCGAAAGAGACAACCAACCUCCACAAGCAGCAAAUGCUCCGUCAGCUGCGCCUGUUGGGUUCAAGUCAAAAGUCGUGAGCCGGCGUCACUGCGAAUUCUGGUGCGCUGGUGGGCGUUGGUUCAUUAAAGAUGUGAAGAGCUCUUCUGGAACAUUUCUCAACCACAUACGACUCAGUUCGCCUGGUACAGAGUCAAGACCAUUCCCGAUCAACGAUGGAGAUAUUGUACAACUGGGCAUUGACUUCAAGGGCGGGGAAGAGAUGAUAUUUAGAUGCGUGAAGAUCAGAGUGGAGCUUAAUAAAGGGUGGCAGAAUGGCCCCAGCAGCUUCAAUGUCCAGUCUCACAGGCGUUUGCGAGAAUUAAACAGUUUGGGGAGGCCACCUGCAAGUGGCUCCUCACAAGACUGCUCGAUCUGUUUAGGUCCAAUUGCUCCUUGCCAAUCCUUGUUUGUGGCCCCCUGUUCUCAUACAUGGCAUUACAAAUGUAUCCGAAUUAUAAUCAAUGGGCCACAUUGGCCACACUUUAUAUGUCCCAAUUGUAGGAGUGUAGCCGACCUUGAAGCCGAACUGGACGAUCCGAGUGGCGAGUGGGAGGAAGUGGACCCUGCAGAGGCCACCGUGCAAACUCCUCAGGCGGCGAAUCCGCCAGAAACUGUCCAGCCAUCACGGCGAGAGGCCAACUCUUCUGAAGGUACUGGAAUUCUAGUCGAACCACCAGAGUCCUCGGAGCCACAACAAAACCAAGAUAGGGAUGGUGAUAUGGAAGCUGCUGAAGCCAGUGAUGAUUCGAGUGUGGGUGGAAGGCUUCGCGAGAAUCUUGAAACCCUCAGCAACCUCCAUAUCAACGAUGAUCCACCUUCCCCUUCGGAUUCGGAAUCCCCUGCUCAGCAUACUUCCAACGCAACAGUUGCUCCAGUCGAUAUCAUCUCGAGAAAACCUGUUCCGGGGGUUUCAGAUGCUGCCUCUUCACGUCUUAAGCAACCAAGUUCACAUAUUGAGCGAACCUCAACUCGAACACCAAGCCCGAAUGGAUUGUCCUCUUCAGCAGGCGAUGCGUUGGCUGGAGUUGAAGGACCUAUGACUCCAAGAAACGAUGCUGGCCCCUUCAUCUUCGAUGGAAGCGCUGGUCGAGGAGCUGAUGUCCAACUGGCGGCACUGGCAACGAUGAAUCUAACAGCUGCGGCUAGUACCCCUCCUCCGGCAACGCCUCAGCCUGCUUCAUAG